CAAAAAGUUAAAUCAUUUAAUUAUUUUAUUAAGCAUUGUAGAAGGAGACGUUUCCUCGUUUUUCAUCUGUUUGUAUCUUCUGACACACCUUGAUUGCUUGCUUUUUCAUUAUAUACAUUUCUCUCCUCACAAAAACCUCUCUCUCACUCUCUUUUUCCUUCAAAAGUUCUCUCGGUUACUCAUCAAAGGUUUCUUUGCUUUUCUUUUCUUUGUUUAUGAUGCUUAGCUUGCAUCAAAUGAUUUGAAAAGAACAAGGUCAAAUCAAUAUAACUUGUUCUGAUCUAUUUCUAUUCACAGAUUCAUCACUUCAUUGUUUGUUUCAAAAUUAUUAAUGAACAUCAAGUUCAUGUUCAUGGGUUGAUCUACAAAGUGAAGUAAGGAAGUAACAUCAAUAUAUUUAUACUCAAAAGAAAGCAAUGGCAACGUACUUUCAUGGUAAUUCUGAAAUUCAAUCAGGUGGCGGCGGCGGUGGUGCCGACGGACUUCAAACACUUGUUCUGAUGAAUCCAGGUUAUAUUCAAUACUCAGACACGACACAGCAACCACAACCACAGCCUCAGCCGCCAUCUCACGCCGCGUCGGGUAAUUAUGUUUUUCUCAACUCCACCGCGGCUGAAAACAACUCAUUCUCACCUCACGCGCCACCUUCCAACACACAACAAUUUGUCGGCAUCCCACUCAACCACCAGCAUCAGCAUCAGCACCAACAUCAAAUCCACGGCCAUCAUGAAGUUGUUCCUUCCUUGCAUGGCUUCCUUCCUCACAUGCAGUACAAUCAGUGGAACACAAUUGACCCUUCCACGGCGGCGCGUGAAACUCCACGCGCUCAGCAAGGUUUGUCUCUAAGCCUAUCUUCGCAGCCGCAACGGUUUAUGUCCUUUCGAGAAGGUCAGGCGGGUGGUAUGUCCGGUGGCGGAUCGCCGUCUCCGGCUUCUGGUAUUACCAAUAACGGGAAUUCCGGGAUUCAGGUUCUGAGUUCGAAGUAUUUGAGGGCGGCGCAUGAGCUUUUGGAAGAGGUUGUGAAUGUGAAUAGUGGUGUUGAGUUGGGGAAGAAGAACAAGAUGAAUAUUGGAGAAUCAUCGGGAGUUGGUAGUGGAGGAGAUGGUUCAAUUAUUGGUGGCGGCGAGGGAAGUGGUGGGAAGCGUAGCUCUGAGCUAUCAACGGCGGAGAGACAAGAAAUACAGAUGAAGAAAGCUAAGCUAAUUACAAUGCUUGAUGAGGUGGAGCAAAGAUACAGACAGUACCACCACCAAAUGGAGGUAGUGGUUUCAUCCUUCGAGCAAGCAGCCGGAAUCGGUUCUGCCCGAGCCUACACUGCCCUCGCACUGCAAACAAUCUCGAAGCAAUUUCGGUGUUUGAAAGAUGCAAUAACCGGACAAGUUAGAGCUAUAAAUAAGAGCUUAGGAGAAGAGGAUUGUUUUGGUGGUAAAAUAGAAGGUUCAAGGCUGAAGUAUGUUGAUCAUCAAUUGCGUCAACAACGCGCUUUACAACAGUUGGGAAUGAUCCAGCAUAAUGCUUGGAGACCCCAAAGAGGAUUGCCUGAAAGAUCUGUUUCCGUUCUUCGUGCUUGGCUCUUCGAACAUUUCCUUCACCCUUAUCCUAAGGACUCAGACAAGCACAUGCUUGCAAAACAAACAGGACUUACUAGGAGUCAGGUUUCGAAUUGGUUUAUAAAUGCUCGUGUUCGACUUUGGAAGCCGAUGGUGGAAGAAAUGUACUUGGAAGAAAUGAAAGAGAAUGAACUGAAUGCAUCAGAUGAUAAAUCAAGCAAGAGCAAUGAAGAUUCUUCAAUGAAAAUAACACCCUCUCAAGAGAAAGCUCUUACUUCUGAAACAGAUCCUAAAGGUUACAAUUCCACACAAGACAUUUCGAGAAACCAAGAAACUCAAAUAAUUUCUGUUUCUAGACCACAAACAUCGCCACUUGUUGGAAAUGUUCGAAACAAUUCAGGUUUCAGUUUCAUAGGAUCGUCGGAACUAGAAGGUAUACCUCAAGCAAGUCCUAAGAAACCGAGGAACCAUGAACUCAUGCAUACGCCAAAUAGUUUCAUUGAUGUUAAACACAAUGAGGCGAGUAAUGAGCUGAAAUUUGGUGAUGAGAGACAAAGUAGAGACGGUUACUCUUUCAUGGGAAACCAAACAAAUUUCAUGGGUGGAUUUGGACAAUACCCGAUUGGCGAUAUUGGUAGGUUUGAUUCAGAACAAUUCGCGCCAAGGUUUUCUAGUAACGGUGUUUCACUCACUCUUGGUCUCGAUUCAAUACAAGGAAAUCAUCAAACAUUUUUACCAAACCAAAACAUUCAACUAGGAAGAAACAUUGAUAUAAGCGAAACGAAUGAGUUUGGUUCCAUAAACACUUCUUCUCCUCAAUAUGAGAGUAUCAACAUGCAAAAUCCGAAAAGGUUCGCUGCGCAAUUGUUGCCUGAUUUUGUGGCAUAAAUAAGACAUUCAAAGGGUGAGCAAUGUGGUUGCUGAAAUUUCUUUCUUCUAUUUGAAAAUUGGUAGUGUAAAGAGAAAGAAAGGAUUUUACUUUAGUAUAGGUUUAUACUCUGCAUAGAACCAUUUGAAUUCUUAGAUAUAUAGCUUAGGAUUUGAUGGUAUAUGGUUGAGGUUGUAUAUUAUUUUUGUAAGUUCUAUAGGUGGGAUGAGAUAGAUGGGUUGGUGUCAUAAAUUUUAAAUUUGGUAUACAUACCAAUAUAUAUUUGAUUGGGAAUAUAUUGUUUUGAUAUUGUGCAAUAUCUUCUGUUGAAUAAACAAGAACCAAAUUGCCAUUUUUAAGAA